CUGCCAGAGUUAUCCAAAGAGAGAGAGCGAGGAAGGAAGACUUGGUGCAAGUGAGAGCUUGAAGAGGGCUCGAGGUUUUUGCGUGUCUGCAAAUCAUGGUGGCGAUGGCGCUUUCCAUCAGCUCGGCGCUCGCGGGUUCUAUGUCCUUGUUGUCUGUUUCUUCUGCAACUACCCCUUGCGCUUCUGCGUCGACGCAGUGGAAGCCUGCAGCUGCUCAUUUAUCUGGUCAUGCGAUUGGUUUGAGCUCGGGAUUUUCAAAUGUGCGUGUUAGCGCUGCCGAAGUUGCGCCAAGGUCCGUAGUCAAGGCCACUGGAGACGUGAUUGAGGCGUCUACUAGUGAAGCCAGCGAGGAGUCGGCGCCCGCCAUUACGACCAUGCUCUCUGAAGCCGAGCUGCUGAAGAGAAAGGCCAAGAAAGAGGAGCUUCGAAGGAAAAGAUUGGCUAGGAAGAGGAAGCUGAGGAAGAAAGGCAAAUGGCCUCCAUCCAAGAUGGCGAAGCUAAAGAACGUCUAGGUUAUUCCAGUUCCACUCCUGCCCUUUUGCAGCAUUCAUCAAAUUGUGCGUCUGUUUAGUUGGAUGUAGUAGUAAUACGAUUAUUACAUUCCGCUUCGCUCAUUCUUCUCUAUCUCAUCUCCUUUGAAGUGUUCAAUUGAGUGUCCUGUUUGAGUGCUCUCGUGUUCUAACUCUGUUUCGUCAGACCUUACUAUCCUACUGAAUUGUAGCAAGCAUUCCUGCUUACUUUCAUGAAAUUGAUACUCCCACCAUUCUCACAACUGAA